AUGCGUAACAACUGGUCUAUUUUUUUGAGUUGCUGCAUUAUUGUCAUUUUUCUUUAUAAUGUAAGUAUUUUGUUAUAACACUGUUUUAAAACUGUAGAUUAGUAGGUGGGAAAGAAAGGAAGGGCGGAUUUUGACAACCGCGAUGGGAAGUGGCUUGAACAUUUGGUACAGCUAAAGAAUGCACCAUAUAUCACUGAUUCCAUUGAUUAAAAAAUGGCGAGUUUAGCUUUGCGAAUCUGUAGCUUGACGAUGGGAUUCUGAAGUCAACCGUGAAAGAAAAAACUUAAAAACGACGCGAAUGCAUGCCAAAGACCUCAUAGUUUGCUACACUACUGUGCAGAAUCAUCUGAAUCACCAAACAGCAGGAAUUAUCGUUUGGUAAAAUCCGCCAUUCUUUUCUUUUCAACCUAAUAUGUUUUCAAACUUCGUGUAUUGGCUAUUAGUAAUACAGUGGAACUCCUGUAUAACGAAUUGCUCGGCGACUUGAAAUUUGUUCGUUAUAAAGGAGUUUCGUUAUACAGAAGUUUUAAAUGCACUUUAUAGUGGUCGACGGGGAUUAAAAAGUUGUUCGUUAUACGGGAUUUUCGUUAUAGAAGAACUAUUUCGUCCACUGUAGUGAAAACGCAGAUAAACUAAAAAUAUUUUUUAGAAAAUUAAAACAACUGAGCCUAAAACAGAUGAUAAGCCAGAUUUAGACCCUCUGAAUCUUUUUGUUGGUUCUGCUCACAUCGUCGAUUUUGAAGUGUAAGUUUGAUAAAAAAGAGAAAAGUCGAGAACAAGAUAUACAUAAUGUUAAACAGUCAUCUCUCUAUACAGUGCACCAUCUGUAUAAACAACUUUCCUUACAGUAAACAUGAACUUUGGCCACUUUACACUAAAAAUCACUCUGUAAAGAAGACACCCCUAAAGUACACACAAACUGCCUAUUCUUGCGGGUUGCUUAUAUUGAUAGAGCACUGUAGUUCUAUUCUUCAAUUUUAAAACAUACGUAUAUUAACAUCUUUUAGCAACAACACAAAUACUAUAAUACUGAACUCAAUGGCAGAGGAUACAAAUACCGGUAUCGAACGAACACAAACUACCAUACCUUUAUAUUGUUUGAGUGACAAAAACGAAAAAGUAAAACCCCACUUUUAUCUUACCGAUGGAGGGCAGGGCUGUUCUUGGAAGAACUAUUUCGUCGAGUGCCAAUUCCAAAAGGUUGUAAAUAGCUUAAAGCUGGUUGAUAAUGAUGGAUAUGGACCUGAAAUACCAUUGAGAAGACCAAUUGAAAGAAAAAUACCAUUGGUUGCUUGCCUGUCUAGGUCAUUUUACUUUGACAACUGGCAAGUACUGUUUACAGCUCUAGAGAUGUACAAUGUCAUGGGCGUUUCGGAGUUUAGUAUGAACAUUAUGAGUAUCAAUGACAACAUCUACAAAGUGCUUCAGUUAUAUCAGCAAGCGUUAAACUUGACUAUCAAUCCUGGGAUAGUUAUGCCUAUGAUUGUAAGUCUUACUUAAUGCUUAUUGUAGUAUUAUAUGUUUUGCUUAAGAAAUUACUUAGAAAGUUAAUUUAAGAACGGCAAAGACCCAAACAAGAACAGUGACGUCAUGAAUCAAAUAAUGAAUAACAAUGAAUGUCUAUUUGACUACCGUGAAGCUGCUGAAUUUCUAUUUUUCGUUGACAUUGAUGACCUAAUUGUAUCAGAUAAUGGGAACUUGCUUGAUAAAGCUAGGGAGUUACGGAUUAGGUAUCCCUAUGCUGCUGGCUACGAGUUUUUCUGGAAGACGUCUGAGUAUAUACACUGUAAGUUUUUUGCCGUUGCCUUGCCGUUGCCUUGUCGUUAAUUUUUAAAAAUAUUUAAGUUUCACGUAACAUUUAUUUUAGUUCCCUCACCGCCUCUUUUCUCAAUAAAAAACAUGUUCGAUGGGCUAGUGGUGUUAGCACCGCAUCACUCUGGUAAAUCGAUUGUAGUUCCCAAGAGAAUCGACCGUUCUAAAUUACACUAUGUUCGUGCUAUGAAAUUUAAAGAAAAACCGGUGAAAUCCAUCAUUCUUCCGAUGACUGAGGGCUUUACUGUUCACUUUCGCUAUGAAAAGAAUAUUCAAAGUACUAUUACUAAACUGAAUCCAGGCUCGGCUGCGGACUCUAAAGGAGCUUUACAUUACCUUAGAAAUACUACAGUUAAGCUGCUACAAAACAUAAAGGCAGCACGCUAUGAUAAUGUAGAAAGUCAACAUUCAGUAUCAACUUCAUCGAUCCAAGCAGCUCACAACAACUUUCAAAACCGACUAAAUGAUGCUUCUUUUUAUAGUCUAGUCCAGCAGUUACCGUCAGAACUCUAUUUUGUCGAGCAGUUCAAGAGCUGCUUGAAAAAGGUACCACCAUCAACAAUUGAAAAGCCAACCUGUGCCAGCAUGAAGUACUGUGAUAUCAAAGUCAAUGACAAAGUUAAAUGUACACAAGUAAAAAUUAAAUACAGUGGCUACGCUUAUCGUCACAUUAAUGUGUUUCUAGCUACAGAAAGUGAACUUGUUCAGAACAUGGAUUGCAAUUUGAAAGUACCUUAUGUUGACUACGUUUCUAGAGUAGCAACGGUGUUAAAAAAGCAUGUACUUUUAAAUAUUUUGUAUAUUACGUUGUGGGCUUCUGUUUUGACAGUUAUUUUUACAUUUUCUCGGUUUAUUUUAAAAAAUUUGCAUAUGAAUUUUAGAUGCAAUAA